GCUGGGCGGGGACAUAGUAGAAGCGACGGGCUGGUUCAGCGGCCAUUGAUGCUCUUAUUAUCGAGGACAAACCGAUAUUAAUUCCUGUGUUUGUGCGUUUUAUUUGCGGUCAGCAGCCAUGGUGUCCCACUCUCUUGCCCUGCCGAUGAUCUGCUUCACCACGUUAUGGGCGCUGGUGGGAGUCGUGGCCCCGUUUUUAGUGCCCAAAGGACCAAACCGGGGUGUGAUUGUCACCAGUCUCAUCCUCACAGCCGUCUGCUGCUACUUGUUUUGGUUAAUAGCCAUUCUGGCUCAGACCAACCCCCUGUUCGGCCCACAGCUGAAGAAUGAAACUAUAUGGUAUCUGCGCUACUUCUGGGAAUAAACAGGGACUAUGACGUGAGGCCUCUUGUCCUUCCUGUCCUGUGGCUCGCUGGACAUUAUUCCAUUAAAUACACCCACACACACACAUACAGUCUGCAGAUGUCAUGAAUUAUUUCAUAAGUUGCAGCAUUGUGCAACAAACAAACAAAAAAAAAAAAGUCAGUUUUCUGUGAAACCUUGGGAAAUGUUAAGAAUAAUGUACAGUAUCUGGGAUUAAGGAUUUAUUGAGAGGGAAGUGAAAUCCAUUAGGAGUAGAUAUUAAUCUUGUGCAAUGUGCAAUCCUUUAGUUUUUGGCUUUGUGCUGUCGUCAACAGGGAACACGAUUUCUUUUUUAUUUUUUAUGUUUUGUUUUUUUUUCUCUAAACGUGUUUGUAUUUAUUUUGGCUCGCGGACACUGAUGUAAGCUUGUUGUAAUCACCUCAGUGUCCACACUGUCUUGUUAUAUAACUGUUAUUAUCCGUGAUGUAACGCUGUGUGUGUGUGUGUGUGUGUGUGUGUGUGUGUGUGUGUGUGUGUGAAGAGUUCAUUAGCGCGAGUGCUUGGACGUGCAGCCGUGAGAAUCUCCCAAAAACUGUAAAAGUGAAGAGCGAUUCCCUCCACUUUAGGCCACUCCAGCAUGAAACUCCCUCCCACAUUCCCCUCAUGCUCCACGCCGUGGAGGUCCUCGUUGCCAUGGUGAUCUCAUCACCCAAUUCAGUCCGUCUCCACUCGACCCCCUUCUUCUUCUUCUUCUUUUUUUAUUUUGAUGAAAUCCCUGCCCAUUAUCGGCCGCUCCUAUAUCCUGUAGGUCGUGCUGUAAAAAAAAAGGACGCGUUGUUUGAGUGAAGUUAACGCUCCCUAUGAUCAGAAUUAUUUUUUUUUUUUUUUCUUAGUGGCUCUUUAAUUCUUGACCGAACCCCCCCCCCCUGCCAGCAGCCCUCGAGCAGCAGUGGCAAAUGUCUGCCUUUGAAUGCAUUCCUCUACGGGAACACAAAGCAGCGAAGAAGUACAGGAGCUAGCAGAGAUUAAUGCCUCUUGAUAUUUAAUGAAAGGCCAACAAUGCCACUCUGUGUUGAGAUCAGUCAAUAAAAAAAAUGUGCAGGGGCUUCAGUGGCAGUAGUUCAACCCCCGUGCACAUGCAUUCAAGUUCGGACUCUGAACAGAUCAAGGUUAUUUCAUUUCACUCUGCCGCAACACAACAUUGACUUUACAGCGAGCAUCAGCUGACUCACACCGGAGCCUUUUUAUUCCCCAUCUCUACUACUUUCCUCUUUAUUUAUAUAUAUAUAUAUAUACUGUAUAAAAUGCUGUCAUUUUGACACACCUGCCUCCUCCAGAUGUUUUAAGACAGUCACCUGCCAGCCACCACCACAAUUACACCCGUCCUCUCCACUCCCCCAUCUCCAACCUUCAGUACCUACCCACCUUCCUUACCUCUCACCUUCCCCCUCCCCCCUUCUCUGAAAUCACUUUGCUUCAGCCAAAAAGAAUCAAAAUCAAAAUACAGCUACUUUUUAGAAAGACCAAAUUACGUUGUAUCUCUUUCCCCCCAGCCCUUUUCUGUAGUAGUAUUUGUGGUGGAGGCACGCAUCUAAAAGUGGAAAUAACAGUCGUGCACACUGUACCGUGAUUCACUCAAAGCGAUCGUACCUGAUUAGGACUGAAGCGGACUCUUGUUGCAGUUAAGCUUCACCUCGAGCUGAGGUUGUAAACAUUCGGGCGGCGUGGACUCAUUGCUGAGAGUUUUAUGUAUGUUGGUGUUCAAAGCAAACCCGAUAGACGCUCGGUAACCUUAGCUCAGCUGACGGCACGUCAAGGCAACGUUCUCGUGAAACGCGCCAUCACUCUCGCCCAGCCGAACGAACCGGGAGACCGUCGAGACUUCAGGUCACCCUCCCUCUCAACAUGCCGAGUGUGAACACCUCGUAAAAAAAUGUUGUAAAAUUCCUGCCACUUUUUUUUAAAUUUUCUUUUUUUUUCCUCCUGUUUCUGUUUCUGUUAAUCGUCCCUGGAUAUUAUAGACGAAGGUCAGGCCUUAGUUAAGAGUCACCAUGGUAACAAAAAUCCACUAAAACGUACAUGGCGAGUUCCCGUAUGUGACCUUGUGUUAGAAGUAAAUGCUUCUAUGUGAGUGGCAUUGUGUGUGAAGUACCCAAUAAAAAGACACGUCUCGUUCAA